AUGGGGCCCAGCCGCUUUCUGGUCUCGGAAGAGGAAAUAAGGGCAUUGGCGAGACUGCAGGUAAACAUGAGUGAACCACAGAGUACUCCAGAACAGAUGGCAGCUGGAAAGAGCCAUGGUGGUAUUGGUGGCAACUACAAGAGCAUCAAACAGGAUAAACACCGCUGUCUUGUCAUUUACAUUCCUGAUAUUCAGAUCACGCUCUAUGAAUUGGAGAAUUUCCAGGGGAAGAAGUGCGAGCUCACCGGAGAGUGCCAGAACUUGGGAGAGAAAGGGCUUGAGAAAGUUGGAUCAAUCCAGGUGGAAUCUGGACCAUGGCUCAGUUUUGAGCGGCAAGCAUUUGGUGGAGAACAGUUUGUCCUGGAAAAGGGGGACUAUCCAAGAUGGGACACCUGGUCUAACAGCCACAGGAGUGACUAUUUGAUGUCCACCCGUCCCUUGAACAUUGACAGCGCUGAUCAUAAAAUCCACCUAUUUGAAAAUGCUGGCUAUAAUGGAAGGAAGAUGGAGAUUGUGGAUGACGAUGUACCCAGUCUUUGGGCUCAUGGCUUCCAGGAUCGUGUGGCCAGUAUUAAGGUCCUCAAUGGAACUUGGGUAGGAUAUGAAUAUCCUGGCUACAGAGGUCGUCAGUAUGUCUUUGAGAAGAAUGAAUACAGGCACUGGAAUGACUGGGAGGCCAACCAACCCCAGAUACAGUCUGUUCGCCGUAUCCGUGACAUGCAGUGGCACAAGCGUGGUUGCUUUGCUCCAGCCCCAGUAGCAGCAGCUUCUGCUGCCCCUGCCCCUGCCCCAGCAAGUAGCUGAAGGAGAUUAAAGCACACUCAUCAGUUGUCACCCUCUUCUGCUGAAAAGCACAGCAAGAAGAAACGAGUAAAAUGAUUUUAAAACUUGAUAGCGUUUCUUUAU